CCGCACAAAAAUUUUCACAAACAGCACCAUUAUUAAGCCAAGCACAAGGAUAUUAAUUUGCAACCGAGAUUCCACAGUUCAUAUUUUCCUCUAAGCUGUGUUGCGUUGAAAUUGGAGCCAUGGACGUUCUGCGAUUGUUACUCUUUGUGAUUGUCGGCAUAUGUGCUAUGCUGAUACCCGCGCAAGCCAGGGUAUGCUCAAAUCAAAACGGAGGCUGUGACGUGAAGAAAUGUUGCCCGAAGUGGAAGUGCGGUGAUGAUAAAAAGUGCCAUUAACAAGUAUACUGAGGCGCCGCGAGCUUCCUUAUUACAUGUACAGCUGAAUGUUGCAGUUGCAACGGUUAGCGUGCAAAAUUGAUUGUGCACGCCUCUGUAAUCGAUCCUGUAGCUUAUUCCACUGCUGUUUACUUUAACUGCCUUGCUACAAAUUGUAUCUCUUCCAAAGAAUUCCUUCCAGUUGCCAAGUCUGAGGUUUAGAACCGAUAUCUACCCGUACGUAAUUUUUAGUUGUUUCUCACAAUCAGCUUCUGUAAUUCUGAGUAAAUCGUUUGCGGCUGCUGGGUGUGUGUCUAGACUCUAGAUCGCUAAAUGAACCCGUUUAACAAAAUCCUUUAUAAGCUCGCUAUCUACGUAAAUUGAACAGGCAGCAAUUUUGGAAGUCUGAUUGGCAAAACUUUGCUACUGUAAUACGAAGUACUAGUAUUAGGGCGUUUAAGAUAUUGUAUGUAAAGUGUAGCUGUAGCACAUAACAUAUGUACGCAUACUGUAGGUGCAGCGAUUUUUAAAUUGAUAUAUUAACUGGAUAACACAAGCCGACUCACACAUUCCAUCCGGUUGUUCAAGGCACAGCUUCCGCUGCAUUACCGAGUGCUCUAUGCAUCCUAGCUAAAAAUAAAGUUGUCCUAUGAUUGAUGGGGAAACAGCGCAGAAUCUACUGCAGUUAUUGACUAAGAUUCCUUUGGCACGUGCUGAAAAUCUCCUUAAUAAAAGUGUUGUUAUCACUGUGUAUCUUUUCAGUUUGAUAAGAGAAAUAAACGCAUGAGGCGGCUACACUUCGUAGCUAGCGUAUUUACCAGGUUAAUACAGAAUACAUUUUGUGAAAUAACUAGAACCUGUUUUGCGACACUUUUGAAGACUGAACCGGUUUUAUUCUCAUAUACUUGUGUCUUGCGCCAUACCAUGGAUUCAUGAUUACUAUGUUUUACUGCGGUACAUCGUUCGUAUGGCUUGCAAAGUGAAGUUGUGCGGUAAUGGUUUAACUAAGUACUGUAAUGAGAUUUUGAUUUAUACAAGUUUUCUCCGAAGUCCUGGUCAUCGUCACAAUGAUUCCAGUGGACCUCACCAGCGUUCGAGAAUCCCUGCAGACGGCAAGCCUGCGAUCUAGCUCCACGGAAUUACGAGCUGGUGUCGAUGUCAUUACAUCCGAGGUGUCUUUAAAAUGCAGCCGAAUGUGCACAGCAUCGCAUCGACGCCGAGUACUGCAGAUGUUUGCUCUUCUCUUAGCCAUUCCGCUACUUGGAAUCGGAAUACGAAUUGAUAAAUCUGUGAAACAUUUUAAAGCCCUGGUGGAAAUGUUGGCAGUUAAAACUGGCAUUGGCAGUAUUGAUAUCGGUUUGCUAGGGAAUGUUUCGUCAUUACGGCUCUGAUGAAAACGGCGGGAACCGCCGCUAUACUUUGUGUGCUCACAUAUGUCUGCUUAAAGACUCUUCGAGUAUUUAUGAAAUCUUGCAAGCGAUCUCUGAAAAAAGCUUGGCACAUUUUGUGACGUUCAUCCUUGUUGUGGAAAUUGCUGUCGUGGCGCUCAUUAUAAGGAAAACCGCCGAUUCGGUGUACAUUGAGAAUCUGGAAGAAUCGGCGAGGCACUAUAGUACUGUGGAGACAUCGCUUAAUGCAGAUGGAUCUCUUAAGAUCGCCUCCAUGAACCACACAGGAAUCCGUGAAAACGUCGUCGAUACCACCAUUGUCAACGCUCUGCAACUUUACUUGGGUUGUUGUGGCACACAUACAGGGCACAGUGAUUUCGACGAAACACCGUAUCAUUCCGAGAGGUUCCCCGUCUUGCCACCACCAGUCUUCUGUUGUAAAUUCAACAACACGCUGCGCCUGAAAUUGCAGAAUCGCAACUGCUUUUCUGGUUAUGGACGCUACAAUGCUGAAAUGUCCAAUUUCCAAAGCGGCUGCGUUCCCGCUGUGAUCGAGCUCGUAAAACAAAUUCGUUGGAUCCCUUAUUUUGUUAUCGCCACUAUCGUUUCCCAGGUUCUUCUGACGCUUUUUCUUGGAAGAACGUACUGGCAACUGGAAACGCGAUGGACUAAAUCAAAACAAGUGGUAGAAUUAGUCAGAGCGGAGCUGGAAGAGCAGACUCUCCACUCCCGAGAGGCUCGAGAAAAACUGGGAGAAGUUUUGGCUAACCGGUGCGAACACGCAAGCCGACAUACGGAGCAUAUCGAAGAAGCUCUACGAGAGAAGCAUCCACGUAAGCUUCAACAAGAAAUUCGUAAGGUAUCCACGGAGGUCAUCAGUAUUAUCCACUAUAUGGACGCCAUGCUGCAGCACGGAUUGUGCAGUUUGACAAGUUGCACCGCGCGAUCCAAAUCGGGAAAUGACGAGCGUCACGCCCAAAAAUUGAAGGAAAUUCAAAAGUUUCUAACGGAUGAAACUCAAAGCGCUCAGACCGAAUCGCCGAUAUCAACGGAACUCGAAAGUUAUUGGCUACAGCUAUACGAAUGCUGCCACGCAGCGGCAUUUGAAGCUACGACACUGCCCCGCUGUAAUGACCUUUUGGAGUAUAUGCGGAGCCUCCUCAUCCUGAAAAGACCAUCUACAUUGAAACUGAACUCUUUCAAAGAAAGCCUGCUGAAAAUCGCAAAAGAAAUGGAACAAGAUAUCGGAAACUCCGCAGUAUCAGACGACGAGGCAACAUAUGGGAGAGAGUUUAGCAAAGUCAGAGAGCGUCUCGUUGAAGUUACUUUGAGUUUGCUGAACUCCACCGAUGCACUUGCCAGCCGUACGACGAAUCUUGAGUCGCCUGUGUGGAAUACGUUUCGCGAUAAUAAGACUGAAGUCCUCAAACUGUUACGCAUAAUACGGAAUUCUUGUCAACGUGACGGUGUUGGAGCCAACGAUGUCAGUCAAAUGAUUGAGCGCACGGAGUCACUCAUAAACAAACGAAACAGAUUCCUCAAGCCACAGUUUAUUGUGCCAAAUUACGAAUUUAACAACGGCUUUAAGGAGAUUACCAAAGCUGCCGAAAUUUUCAGCAACCUUUCUAGUGAACUCAAUCCACCUGCCCAACACAACCAUCUAAUACACUUAUAUGCGGGAUGUCAGUUGUUGGCAUUGGAAGCACAAAUCCGCCGCGAGAAAUCGAAUAUUCUCCAGCGCUAUAACAUUUUUAUGCGCCGAAAUCGGCGCUGGGUGCAACUAGAACUUGUGGUUCCACACGUCGUGAAUUUGCUCAUUUGUUAUUCAAAACUUGCUCAAGGUAGAAGUGACGCAGAGUUUCGUCAGGAGUUGGUGGAAAAUGCCAAAUUUGUUUUGAAAUCUCUGGAAAUCAGCGCGGGAAAACUUGACGAUGAUCAUAGUGCCAUAGAGGAGCAUGCAACCAGCAUUCGCCUGCUAUCGCGACAUGCAGAAGACUACGCUAGAGUUGACGCGAAUAAUACACGCUUGCAAGAAGAAACCGUUUAAGCAUGACAAAGAUCGGGUUUUGCUUAUUUUAGUACUCACUCUUUUAUAAAUGUUGUUGUAGACCGGUGACAGUUGUUGUCGUAAAGGUGAGUUUGCUUGCAAUCGAUUAAAUUAUAUUGCAAUAACUGCAUUAGCAAAUUAUAUUAUUUGAAAUUUAACCGGAGCAGUAUUUUCGUAGUGGUAGUAAUGUACAAGUACUUAAGCAGAAGAUGACCACCUCGUUCUUAAUCUUUCAUUACUUUUCCCUCGGGUUUACUACUUGUACCAGCUACUCAUGCUAGGAUAGGUUUACAAUACUGCUUACAUAUGCUAGUGCAAAACUGUUUUAAUGUUACUAGUUACUUAAUUUUUGCUCAUCGGAUAGUUCUCUUGUUGGAAGAUUUGCCAAACAGUUCAUAUGGACUUCAGUAUGGAUAAAGUAUAAACAAUGACUAUCUAACGGUGCAGUGGGCAUCGAGGCAAGUUGACCUCAGGCAACAGUUUCAAGUUAAGGCAACAUAUUACGGGCGGGGAUGCAGAAUGAUGCAAAUGCCUGCGUCAGUUGGUACUAACCUUUCGAUUCAGAGCGGUGGCAGAGCGUAAACUGACCACAAUGAAUAAGACUGGUUGAAAUUCUAGAGCAUGGUUACUUUGACGAGUGAACUAAUUCAGUCAACGUGUCUCAUCGCGAUUUGUGAAUUACUUAUUUGAAGGGAGAACGUGGACUAGAUCUUUCGCAUGGAGGCAUAGCAGUGGAAGAAUAUGUCAUCAUCCAAGAUACCUUGCCUUGGAUGAUGACAAUCCAAGGUGAUGAUUACGUUGGCAGUGCUCGUUGUCUUCGUCCGUAUUGAUUGUGCUGCUGUUAUUUUGGCCGUCUUCGUUUUUGUCGGAUUUGUGUUAUCUCAUUUUCUGUAUAGUUAGAAACCGCAUUUUUUAGCUUGCAACAGUGCGUAACUGCAACAGUUGUGCAUCGAAUGAGGAAAUUUUCAGUUUUAUUGAACAAAGCGGCUUUACUGAACCUUGAGGUUAUCGAUUAUCGAAAAAACUGUUAGAACGAACUGAAUAAACCGAUGUAUAU